GCGAGAUCUGGACACAAUGGGGUCUGGGAGUUGGGUUGGGCAGGGGCGGGAAUCCAGGCACCCCACCUUGCCUUCCCGGCCGGGAGCCACAAAAACAGGUACCGCAGGCCGUGAGCGCACCCCACCCCUGCGCGCUAUGGGCUCGGACGUCUGGGUCGGCUCUUGGCGGCCCCACCGGCCCCGCGGCCCCAUCGCAGCGCUCUACAGAGGCCCGGGGCCCAAAUACAUGCUGCCACCGAACACCGGCUACGUCCUACACGACCCGUCGCGGCCCCGCGCCCCGGCCUUCUCCUUCGGCGCGCGCCUGCCCUCGCAGCAGACUUCCUGCGGCCCGGGGCCCGGCCACCUGGUUCCUGCACACAUAACCGUGCGCGGCCGCGACGGCACCCCCGCCUACUCCAUCUACGGCCGCCCCCGCCACGCAGCGCCCCUCCUCACUCCCGGACCGGGCAGGUACUUCCCCGAGCGAGCCGGGAACGCGACGUACCCCAGUGCGCCUCGGCACACCAUCGCUCCCCGAAACUGGGGCACCCACGCGAAGCAGCAGACACCAGGCCCUGGGACCUACACUGUGCCCUCGCUCUUGGGUCCGCGCGUCAUCGGUAAAGUCUCGGCCCCAACUUACUCCCUCUACGGCCGCAGCGCAGUGGGCAGUUUCUUCGAGGACCUCAGCAAGGUGGGGCGGGGCUGCCAGGCGGGCCGUAACGAGGGGUCGGCAGGGCGGGCCACAGGGGGCACGAAGCAGGAGGUGAGGGCCAGUGGCCAGCGGGGAGUGGAGGCCGGACCCAACGCCCCUGCCGCCCUCCCACAGACCCCGGGCCCCUGCGCCUACCACGCGGUGAACACUGGGAUCUACAAGUCUCGGGCCCCCCAGUUCUCCAUGCUGGCGCGGACUUCGCUCCCGCAAGAUAACACCCUGAAUCCCGGGCCCGCAGCCUACAACGUGGACCAGGUGGUCUGGAAGCCCGGGUCCAGGGUCAGAGGCGGGGAAGGAAGGUCAGGGUCCCGGGGGUCCCCGCGCGGCGGCUGGACGGCUGGACCGCGGGGUCAGCGACGUCUCCUGGUCCCGCAGCCCCGGAAACCCCGCGGCUGGAGCUUCGGGAUCCGGCACUCGGACUACCUGGCUCGGGUCCCGACCAAGGCGGACGACUGA